AUGUCUCAAGGUACUAUUUACGGAUCCCCAUCCAUCAGAGUCGUCCUUUUAAAAGGGUUAAUCAAACAUUACAAAUUAGACAUCACUGUUGAAGCUAAAGAUGAUUUAAACAAGGACAUUUUCCCAUUAGGUAAAGUUCCAGCUUUUGUUGGUCCAAAAGAAAACUCCCCAUUAUUAGGUAAAACUAAAGAAGAUUACGCUCAAAUUAUCAGAUAUUUAUCAUUAGCUAAUAGUGAAUUACUUCCAACAUUAUUUAAUGCUUUCGGUCCAUUAACCGGUAGAGUUCCAUACAACAAAAAACAAGUUUCAGAUGCUACCGUUGCUAUUGAAAAAAUUGUUGCUACUUUGGAAUCAAGAUUAAACGAUUACACUUAUUUAGUUGGUGAACGUUUAUCAUUAGCUGAUUUAUUUGUUGCUACUAUUGCUACCAGAGGUUUUGAUCACUUAUGGGGUAAAGAAUGGAGAUCAGCUCAUCCAAACAUCGUUAGAUGGUGGAAAACUGUUACUUCCAAUUCUAUUUUAGCUGAUCAAUAUUCUGACUACAAAUUCAGAGAUGCUCCAGUUGAAUUUGUUCCACCAAAGAAAGAAAAGAAAGAACAAGCUCCAAAGAAAGAACAAGCUCCAAAAGCUGCUAAACCAGCUCCAGAAGCUACUCAAGAAGAAGCUCCAAAACCAAAACCAAAACAUCCAUUAGAAGCUUUAGGUAAAUCAACUAAAUUCAACUUAGAUGAAUGGAAGAGAGUUUACUCUAAUGAAGAAACCAGAGAAACUGCUUUACCAUGGUUCUGGGAACAUUAUGAUCCAACUGAAUGGUCAUUAUGGAGAGUUGAUUACAAAUAUAACGAUGAAUUAACUUUACCAUUCAUGUCAAAUAACUUGGUUGGUGGUUUCUUUAACAGAUUAUCUGCUUCAACUAAAUACUUAUUUGGUUCAGGUGUUGUUUACGGUGAAACUAACAACAAUGGUAUUGUUGCUGUUUUCGUUGUUAGAGGUGAUAAACAUGAACCAGCUUUUGAUGUUGCUCCAGAUUGGGAAUCUUAUGCAUUCCAACAAUUAGAUCCAACAAAACCAGAAGAUAAAGAAUUUGUUGAAGAUGUUUUCGCUUGGGAUAAACCAGUCACUAUUAACGGUGAAAAGAGAGAAGUUGCUGAUGGUAAAAACUUCAAAUGA